GUUUUUCCUCAGUGCUGAAGCGUCUGUCAUCAUGCGCAGUUGGGGAACUCUGAUUGGAUUGCUGCUGGCGCUGUUGGGGGCCUGUGCUGGUGCCGAUUACCGACUGGCAGGCAGUGUCGUGCCCACCUUCUAUAAUUUGACAAUCAGCGUGCUCAGCAAUGCCGCUGAACCAACUCUUUUCAAUGGAGAAGUCAACAUAACCCUGCAGGUGGUGGGCACAUCGGAGGUACGAGAAAUAUUACUGCACAAAGCCGCGAUCGACAUAGAAGAAUGCUGGCUACACUCGUACAGCGAGGCCGGAGUUCAAGUGGAGCCAAUUGAUAUCAGUCAGCUGAUUUAUGAGGAGGCGACACAGCAACUGACGGUGCCACUAGCUCAGGCAUUGGAUCGCAAUGGAGAGUACACGCUGGGCUUCAAGUACACCGGUAGAAUACGCACGGACAUGACUGGAUUCUUCUCGGCCAGCUACGUGGAGCAGCAUACGGGCGAGACCAAGUGGCUGGGCGUCACACAGAUGCAGCGACUUAAUGCCCGCGUAGUCUUGCCCUGCUUCGAUGAGCCCGCCUUCAAGGCACAGUUCCAAUUGCAAAUAGUCAGACCCUCCGGCUACGAGGCAAUCAGCAACACGAAGCUGCUGUUUACAGCAGAGGAGGGCAAGGAUCGCUUUGUGGAUCACUUUGAGGUCACACCCGUCAUGUCCACCUAUCUGCUGGCCUUCAUCAUCGCCGAGUAUACGGCACGCGGCAAUGUCAGCGAUUUUGCGGUGUUGACUCGUCCCGAGUUUUACAACCACACGGAGUUCAGCUAUCAGGUGGGACAGCGCGUAGUGCCCGCCUACGAAACACUUUUCCAGCAGUCGUACGCCUCGCUGGGCAACGAUGUCCUGCAGUAUGCUACCUCGCCGCGCUUCCCACACAACGGCAUGGAGAACUGGGGUCUCAUUAUCUACAGCGACGAUGUUUUGGUCAAGGUGCCGGGCUAUACGGAUGACUGGUCGGACAAGGAAUUCACAAUACGCAUCAUAGCACACGAGACGUCCCAUAUGUGGUUUGGGGACAGCGUCACCUUCUCCUGGUGGAGCUACUUCUGGCUGAACGAGGCCUUUGCCCGCUACUACGAGUACUUUAUGGCACAUCAGCUAUAUCCUGAGUAUCGCUUGGAUGAGCAGUUUGUGGUGCGCCAAAUGCAGCUCAUUUUUGCCACAGACGCUGUGAACAGCAGCCAGCCCAUGACCAGCACGGAGGAGAGCAUACAAACGCCUGCCCAGAUUGGCAACAAGUUCAGCGCCAUUGCCUAUGCGAAGGGAGCCUGCAUUGUGCGUAUGUGGCGCAACGCGAUGGGUGCCAAUAGCUUCGACACCGCCAUCCGGAAUUACCUGAAGCAGCACCAUUUGGGCAAUACGCAGCCAAAGGAUUUGUUUGCCCACCUCAUAGAUAACUGGCCCACGGAUCAGUUUGUCAAUCUGGAGCAGUUUUUCCACGACUUCACCGAGCAGGUUGGCUAUCCCAUGCUGAUAGUGAAUGCGACACGACAGAACCAUGUUGUGCACGUGGAGCAGCAGCGUUUUCUGCUCAAUCGGACAGACGGAAGCGAUCCCGAUCUGAGGUACACCGUGCCCAUAACCUACGCCACGAAUCUGUCGCCCGACUUUGAUAACCUGACGCCCAGCACCUACCUCCAUCGAGUGGUGGACAUAUUGCAGCUCUUCUUCGAGGAGCAGCCCAUUGAUUGGAUCGUCCUCAAUCUGAAGCAGUCCAACUAUUAUCGGGUGCUCUACGAUACGCCGCUCCUGAACAGUCUCCAGGUGGCCCUGUCCGCGGCCAGCCACAGUGGCGUGCCCGUGGAGAACCGAGCACAGAUUGUCGACGAUCUUUUCAACUUUGCCCUUGUGGGGUACAUCGACUACGCGGAUGUGUUCAAAUUUAUGGAGUACCUGAGCCAGGAGCUCGACUAUGUGCCCUGGUAUGCCACCUACCAGGGACUACAGUUCGUGGCCAAGCGUCUAACGCCGAAUCAGCUGCCAAACUUCCAGCAGUACCUGGCCGACAUCACGGCCGGAGUAUUUGCCAAGCUGGGUGUCACCUGGAGCUCCAACGAUACCGUUCUGGAUGUCUACAAUCGCAACAAACUGGUGGAUUGGCUGUGUCGCUACCAGACCAGCGAUUGCCUCCAGUUGGUGGCGGAUAAAUUCACCAACGACUUUGAGAAACCUUCGCCUGACUACCGGCACACAUUUUACUGUGCUGCUGCCCGCUCCGAACCCUAUGAGCGCGUGAUGCAGUUCUAUCGGGAAGAAAGCAAUGCCAAGGAGCGAGAACUGCUCUGGGCAGCUGCCAGCUGUACAAGAACUUAUGUGGCACACUACCACAACGAGAUACUGGCCAACAGCAGCACAGUCAGCCAAAAGACCAUCGCUCUGGCCCAGAUGUACGAACAGAAUCCAGACUUAAUCACUCCAAUUUUCAAUAUGUUGGCCGCGAACAUCACACAGUUGGCUGAAGCCUUGGACAGCUGGGCAACGACUGCCACGGUUAUAAGCGAUCUGGCGGAUUAUUUCACCAGCCGCGAGCAGCUGCAGCUGCUGAGCGAUUUCUAUGCCGACAAUCACUUGCUCUUCGGCCAGUCGGCAGCUGUGCUGAGCCUGGCUCUGGAGACGGUCGAGCAAAACGUGCAAUGGGCCGAGAUGCGCCUGGACAGACUGGCCAACUACUUGAGCAAAAGGAAAGGCAACGGCGGGCAGCAGUCGACGCAAUUGCUGGUAAUGCUGUUGGCGCUGCCCAUGCUACUGGCUUGGUUCUGAUUUACGGAAAUAAAUGAUUAACCCACGUCGGUGGGGGCACA